AUGCCUCAGUUUGAUUUGAGACAUGAUCUGAAACAAUAUUCCGAGUUCGUAAAACCUCGUUUCAUUAAAAAGAUUAAUAAUCAGUUAUCGAUUUCGUUAAGUUAUUUGGAAAAAUCUAAUAGUGAAACAGAGUGCUUAUUAAGUUUUCAUAAUACUCUGAAUAAUGCUAUACUUAUAAAUCCUCAUACUGAUGACCACGAAAAGAAAAUUGAUGAGAGAAAGGGAUGGUUUAAUAACAUAUUUGGAUCUAAUGAAAGUGAAUCUCCUGAUCGAGUUGAAGUAGACAAAGAGAAUCCAAGUUCAGAAAUCAAGAUUUUCCUAGGGUAUAUUCAAUUAUUUGGAUACGUUCUACUUAAUUACAACUUCAGACUUGAAGAAUCAUCCAAUCCUAUUGAUAGCUACUCGGAUAGGUCUUCUUGGUGGGUGAACAAAGAAUAUGCAUCUCAUUAUCAGGAUAACGAGAACACAGCUGACGAGGAUGAAAUUCAAUCUAAUUUAACUAGAGUUCCAUUCAUUAAACGAAAUUUAAAGGACAGAAUGGUGAUAGGUGGUAGGUUAGGUGGAGUCAAUGAUUUGAUUAUCAAUGAAUCUCAGAACAAUUCCAGUAUUUUAAGUAAACACGAUCCUAAAACAAUCGAUGAAAACAAUAGAUAUCUUUUACAGGAUCUUUUAUUUCCAUUUGGUUCAGUUAACGUACCAGAGACAAUUGAUGAUAAUCAUGAACACAACCACCAAAAUGCCAAGGGCGUAUUAUCGCUAAAGGAGUUGACUGAUUCUAUAAUCCCGUUUUAUUCAACGUCUCAAUUUCUAUUAUUUUCAGAUUUGAAUCUAGCAUCUCGAUGCACGAAAACAUUUCAUAUUAAAUUUCCAAAAAUUAAAGGAUUGUCUCCCUCCUAUAAUACUCGAAUGACUAGGCCUGUGUGUGAUCAAGGCUGGGUUAGUAUAAAGUAUCUGUUAAUAGUCGGAUUGCUGCAGAUGUCAAAGCAGCACCAUAAAAUGAAGUCAUGCAAUGUUUAUUUUCCUUUAGAAGUAGAAGAAGGAAGACAAGGUACACAUGAAAGAUGGUUGCAACAGGAUUUCUUGAAAGAAACAAAGAUCGACCACAAUUGGAAUGUAAUAAUAUGUGAUGAUACCAGCGAAUGCGCUGAUCCAGCCAACUCUGUAUCCGAAGAUUUGAAGGAAGGAAGACAUACAUUACUUCAUGAUCUAUCGACCUUAAUUGAUUCUGAUUUAUAUAAUAUGCCAAAGAUAUCUACGAGUGAAAGAAAGAAGAGUAUUCCAAACAUGCAUGAUACAACGGAAGAGAUUGAGCCAGGUUUAAUACCACAGCUACCACAUCACUUGAAGACGCAAUAUCAAAUCAGAGUUAAUGAUCAUGAUCUCUGUCUUCUCAGUAUUUCAAAGCCUUACUUUCAUAUUGGAGAAGAUAUCUACUUUGUGAUAGACAUAAACCCAGAUGGCAUUAGCAAAACGAGAAUAGCAGGUUUAAUCGUUCAUCUAGAAACUCAUGAAUCUUUUCACACUGAGUCAGAUGAAGGAAAAAUAACUGAUUACAAGAACAUAUAUAAAGUCAGCUCCAGUAUUAAAUAUAAUUUAUUUGCAUCGGCUAUUGUGAAUUCUAAAUCUGCUGGUAAUGAAUCAGAACCAUCUAUAGUCCAUGGUAUGAUUAAUUUACCCAAGUUUUUAACUCAACAAUUCCAGAGCUCAAAGUUGAUGGACGUAAAGCAUUACCUUGUAUUCAAGUUCAAUUUAAAUGAUUUUGAAGAAAACCCGGAGAAUACACUUGACCAAUCUUCUGAAAACCUAUCUAUUGCCCAGGAAGAACUGGAUGAAGAUACAGUUAGACAACCACUACAAACCGAAAGCGGAAAUAGGACCACAAAGCAAGAUGAACAUCUUGAUAUCUUCCAAGAUUAUAAGUUUGAUAAUUAUGGAGGUGAACUUAGAUUUAGAUUGCCAAUAACGGUGUUGCCUUAA